AUGUCCACUCGUCGUAUUGAAUCAACCAUUGUUGCUUUGAAUGAAAAAAUAGAGAAGACAAAAAAUGCAACUAAAGAGAAACUUUUGUUUCUGAAGCCUUUAGAAGACGAACACAAAAGAUUGAAAUUCGAAAAACAGAAGGCUAACGAUUUCAACGAGGAGAAUCUCAAAGCUCACGCCAACCACUUGAAAUCAAUGGACCGCGAUAUGGUACAAUUCCGGCAGGAUUUUCACCGUCGGAAAAGAAGUGCUGGAGCAACUUCUGAAACAGAAGACUUCCAUGCUCUUCUCGAAACAAAAAGAGAAGAAACCAGGCAGCUUCGUGAAAAGUCUCUAAAAUUGAAAGCAGAAGUGCUUUCUGGAAUUGUACAAGUGAAUGAAGACGCUCCGUCUUGCGAAGUCUGCACUGACGAGUAUAAUGAAGAUGAGAAUAUGCCGAAAGUUCUUGGUGAGUGUCGUCAUGGUCACGAAAUAGUCGUCAAAAAAUAUAUAGGUCUCUAUCUUCUAAUGAACAUUUUUCAGGUUGCGGACACACAAUCUGCUCUAAGUGCCUGA